AUGGGAAUCCUAUCGUCGGGGUCAGGGGCAGGAUGGCAGGCAGGCAGGCAGGCAGGCGACAGGCAGACAAACAUAGAGAGGCAGGCUUCACUAGAUUUAGCUCAAUCGAUUGGCUAUGAUGAUCGCGUUAGUUUGACAGGGCCACCUGAUGCAGAUGGAGGAUGUACGCUUGACAUCUUAAUGUCGAACUGUAAGGGCAUAAUGGCAGAUCAAGUUAUGCUUAAAGGUGGGGAUGACGGUGAAGCAGGGUAUCCCCUCAAGGAAUCGAACAAUCUGACAAACUCAGGGCACGAAAACGGCGAAGUGAAAGUUAAAAGGCCACAGAAAGGAUAUCUCUUUACACGGAAUCAACUGAUACUAUUCGUUGGAUGUGUUUUAGCAAUAAUCAUUUUGGUUGCACUUUUAGCUGGACUCAUUGGUCGCACAAGACCAAACUGUCCCACUGCGGACUCCGAAUUGACGGAAAGCGACCCACUGGUCCUGAAUCCUACAGCCUUACCAACUAUAGACCCCAGUCUACCAUGGGCAAAAAUAAGGCUCCCGAGAAAAAUCAUCCCACUAUUUUAUACGUUAGUUAUUCGAGUAGACCUGAGUUCUUUUAUAUUUAAUGGAUCAGUGACUAUUAAUGUUACAUGUGAAGAGGAUACGAAUCUAAUCAUUCUGCAUACAUACAAGUUAAACAUAGACGAUAGCGCCACUGUAGUUCGAGACUCCAAUAACGCCGAUCUUGACAUAGCUCGAACUAUCCGAGUGCCCAAAAAUCAAUUUUACGUCAUCGAGUUAAAGGAGCAGUUAAAAACAGGCGCAAGUUACAAGGUGAUAAUAGGAAAAUACAACGGGACCUUAGAGGACGAUCUGAGGGGUCUGUAUCGAAGUUCUUACAAAAAUGACAAUGGAACACUCAGGUACUUGGCGGCAUCUCAGCUGCAGUCAGCUGACGCUAGAAAGGUGUUUCCAUGUUUCGACGAACCAGAUCUUAAAGCCAACUUCGCAGUCUCAAUUGAGCAUCUUAAAGAAUACACGGCGCUGUCCAACAUGCCCACACACAAUAUCCAGAGAUUAGGAGGUGGGUGGCUUAGAGCUAACUUUCUACAAAGCCCCGUUAUGUCAACAUAUCUGCUGGCUUUUGUAAUCUCAGAUUUUACAUCAAGACAGCGCAUCUCUGCCAAUGGCCUCAAGGUUCGUAUUUGGGCUAACAAAAAGUCUUACAAACAGACGGAAUAUGCGUUAGAUUUUGCUGUCAAGUCUUACGAUUACUUCGGAGAUUACUUUGAUAUUGAAGAGGUUGUUCCAAAAUCAGAUCAUGUUGCCAUCCCUGACUUUAGUGCCGGUGCGAUGGAGAACUGGGGCCUUGUGUUGUACCGAGAGACAGCGCUUCUCCUUGACGACGACGUCUCUUCAAUUUUAACUAAAUAUUGGGUGUCCAUGGUUAUGGCCCAUGAAGUGUCACAUUCGUGGUUUGGUAAUAUGGUCACGAUGAAAUGGUGGGACGACCUAUGGCUGAACGAGGGGUUUGCGAGCACUCUCAUGUACUUUGCCAUGGACGAUAUUUACAAGAGCUGGAAUGUGUUCGACAUGCAGAUUGUGACUGAUUUGUUUCCUGUGAUGACCAAGGAUUCUCUCCUUACCUCCCAUCCUAUUUCAACCCCAAUACACGCACCUGAGGAGAUUGCACAGUCAUUCGAUUCAAUAUCAUACGAUAAGGGAAUGUCUGUUUUGAGGAUGUUACGAGGUUUUCUAGGCUGGGAUGACUUUAGACGCGGUCUACAAGAGUAUAUCAAGGUGUACAAAUUUAAAAAUGCGGAGAUGCAGGAUCUUUGGGCCACCUUUACCAGGGUUGUAGAUGACAGAUAUGACGUUGGCAAGAUAAUGGACACUUGGACUCGCCAGAUGGGGUUUCCAGUGGUGACCGUCCACAAAGAGGGUGACAUCUAUACUAUAACACAAGACCGAAUGCUUUUGAAUCCAGGAGAUCAGAACUACGACAAGUCAUCUAGUAAAUAUGGGUACCAGUGGUUGAUACCCUUCACCUAUAUAACACAAGAUGAGCCAACGAGAGAAAAGACAGUUUGGCUCGAAGAGAAGACUGGGACAAUCCAGCACACAGCUGGCAAGUGGAUUCUUGGGAAUGCAGAGUAUAUGGGGUUCUACAGAACCAACUAUGACUUGGACAUAUGGAAGCUCAUUAUCAAGCAGCUAAAGACUGACCAUUUGGUUUUCUCAACUGCAAACCGAGCUGGCCUUAUUAGUGAUGCUUUUAAUCUGGCAAGGGCCAGCAAAUUGGACUACAGCGUUCCACUGGAACUGGCAACUUAUCUUAAGGUAGAAGAGGAAUAUGUUCCAUGGAAGGCUUUCUUUGACGAAAUCAGCUUCCUUAAAGGGAUGCUUGACACAAGCAGCUCUUACGGACUGCUUCAGAAGUUCAUCCACGACCUCGUUGAGCCUCAUUACAAUAGACUCGGAGUACUACAAGAAGGAGAGCUGCCAAAGAGGUACUUAAGGCGACUGCUUCUGGAACAAGCGUGUGAAAUUGAAAUUACACAUGCUGUGGAAUACGCCAAGAAUCAGUUCAAGAUCUGGAUGGAAACAGGCCAAAAGCCUCAGUCAGACUAUGCCUUAGUGAUAUACUCUGUUGGUAUACGAGAAGGUGGACAACUGGAGUGGGAUCAUCUAUGGAAGAAGUCCCAAGAGACAAUUGUGGCAUCUGAACGUGAGACAAUGAUGGACGCACUUUCCUACUCUCAGAAAGUCUGGUUGCUGUGGAGGUAUGCCAACUGGACCUUUGAUAAUAGCAAGAUCCGAAUGCAGGAUAUCCGUCUCAUCUUUAAAUAUUUUGGUGCUACACCCCUGGGAAGAUCUGUUUCUCGACAGUUCAUGAUAACAAAUUGGAAAUUCAUAAAUGACAGAUUUGGUCAGGACAAUUUCCUUAUUCGAGAUAUUAUCUCAUCAACAACAUCGCUUAUUCAUACACAAUAUGAGCAAGAACAGCUCGAGAAUCUCUACCGGAAGAAUCCUCCAUCAGGAUUCGCCAGCAAGGCUGCAGAUGAUUCAUUGGCACAAGUCAGGGCAAAUGUGCAAUGGACAGUAACCCAAGAGGGACAGGUGUCAAGUUGGAUGAAAAAUUACGCAAGAGAACGUUCUUACUUUAUUUGAUCACAUAUUCUCAUAAGAACUUUAUAAGGUGGAUACAUUUUUGUAUGUCACAUAUACAUACCUAUGGGCCAAACCAUACAUUUGUAAAGGGUUGAUUUUCUACUUGUUUAUGACAGAUUUUGAAUUAUAUCAUUAGUAAUUUCACUCUGUGAAAAAUGAUAAAUCAUGAACAUGACUCGUGAUAUUUCUAACAUGAGCAUUCUAAUAAAUAAUAUAACAUAACCAAGGUGUACCUCAACAGCAUGGUGAUUAAAAUGGAAAGAUUGAUACAAUACAACAAGAGCUUAUACAUUUAGUUAUAAUCGAAAG